AAAGGGUGACGUUUCUCACCAAUAGCGCCUCAGCGUUUAGGGUCGUUCUGGACACAAGCCUCACGUGCCGACUCCUGGGUCCGCCGCGGGCUGCGCAGACUGCGUUGAGGAGACGCUCCCGGAGGAGGCCUCGGUUGGACUGGAGGAAGCUGCAGCAUCCAGGGGACGACAUGCCAACUGCCAAGCAACUAGCUGACAUUGGCUACAAGACCUUCUCUACCUCCAUGAUGCUCCUCACUGUGUAUGGGGGCUACCUCUGCAGCGCCCGAGCCUACCGCUAUUUCCAGCGGCGCACCUCCCAGCGCCAGGCCGCAGAAGAACAGAAGACCUCAGGAGGCCUGUAGAACCCAGGGGACUGUUUCUUGACCAGAGGGGCCUGAGGCCUGCUAAAAGAGCUCGCCUAUCAUCAUAUCUAAGUCAAGAGAUCUAGGGCCUUAAUGGUUUUCAAACCCUGCUGGGGAUAAGUGCCCAUGUUUUCUCUGGAACUGCCAGUUUGGUGACACUGUCAUAUCAUAACAGGGAUUGGGGGCAGGGGGAGGCAUAUCUAUAGACAUUAAAUAUUUUGCCAUGUC